AUGGCCUCUUGCAAAAGCUUUAUCUUAGCUUUAUUCAUCGCUCUGACAUUUUCGAGCAUGAAUGUUAGCAUAGCUGCCCGUCAUCUCCUCCAGUUGCCAACGUUGCCUAAGAUACCAAUGCCACCAUUGCCUUCUAUUCCAAACCUUCCACAGCCCACAUUGCCCACCUUGCCUACAACUCAACCAUCCCUACCUAAGCCCACACUGCCACCACUUCCUAGCAUUCCCACCAUCCCUACCUUUCCUACAGUCCCAAAGGUCACUUUGCCUCCUCUUCCAAGCAUGCCCUCAAUCCCCACAAUUCCAACUAUUCCCUCUAUUCCAUUCCUUUCCCCUCCACCAGCAACUACUAGCCCUUGA